AUGUCAGGCUCAAAUACCGACAAGGUACAGGAGGACCUCAAGAAGUUUUCCGCGGAGAACGUCGAUGCUCACAUCCAGGCAUCGACGUUUACUGAUGACAUCCAAAAUGCUAUUCGUCAACAUAUCCAAACCGAGUACAAGGCCUGGUUCUUCUUCCGCAAGCUUGGAGCUGACUGCUUGCGCUCCAAUGUGUCACUGCACGGCUUUGCAGCGCUUUGGAAGCGAUCCGCCCAGGAGGCCUUUGCUGAUGCAACCUGGCUAGAGUCGUACCUCGUCCAGCGUGGUGGCCGAGCCAAGCCAAGUGACAUCCCUGCGCCCGAUAUCGAGUGGCCUGAUGACCCUAUCGAUCCCGUCCAGCCCGUCUAUGCGGCCCUGCAGACUGAGAAGGAAAUUCUCGAAGAUCUUCACCGUCUAUGUGCCGCUGCAGAGAAGGCCGGUGACAACGCACUGGAAGAUGUUAUUGAGAGUCGCUUCUUGCGUAAGGAGACGCGCCAUGUCAAGGACUUAGGCGACUUGCUGCAGCAGUGUGUCCGUAUCAGUAAGCAGGCUGGUCACGGCUUGUACCAUCUUGACAAGGAGCUUCGUGCUAACAACGGAGUUGUGCCGUGGGCAAGCUUCAACGACCCUGACAAGUCUGACGAACUACUUCGAGGUGUUGUUAAGGACCUUUACGAAGCUGCGGUCUAG